CCUAUGAAGAGCAGCAUCUUACGAGGUGAAGGCAAAGGUGAGACUAUUCAAGGGCAGCUUUUCCCUCGGUAUAUAAGGAUCUCAGCUCCAUGACUGGAUUAUCAGUUCACUGCUCCUUUGAUCAUCAUGAAGUUUGCAAUUCUCAUCGCCCUUACUGUUGUGGCCGCCGCGGCCCCUGAGACUGGCUACUCUCUUCCGGACCCCUCCACAAGGGGCGGACUUGAGGCAGCUGAUUUCGUGCCCAUCCUGAGGGACGACCGAGUCCAAGAGGAGGACGGCAGGUACAACUACGAUAUCGAGACUGGCGACGGCAUUACCGUCGCGGAGUCUGGCUCACCUGACGGACCUGAGGGCGCCAUCGUUGCCUCCGGACAAUUCUCUUACACUGCUCCCGACGGUAGCCUGAUCAAGCUCACAUACGUCGCCAACGAGGACGGCUUCCAGCCCGAGGGUGACCACCUGCCAGUGGCUCCCGAAUUCCCUCAUGAGAUUCCCGAGUUCGUGCUCAGGCAGAUCGAAAAGGCAGCUGAGGAAGACGCUCUUGCCGCCGCUUCGACCAGAGACGCGCCUUCCCAGCUCUACCAGAGGCCACAGUAGACACCGAAAAUGAUAGAUGAUCACAGAUAGAACAACCUAUUAUGUAGACAUAAUUUAUUGAAUGUAUAGAGCUUGCUAUUAGUAAAGAACGCAAACCUUUA